AUGAGUAGGCAAGGAAAUGCCACCGUUUUCUCUGAAUUUGUACUGGUAGGAUUUGCAGAGACUCAACAGUUUCGUCUUGUGAUCUUUGUCGUGUUGCUCUGUCUCUAUAUGGCCACCUUAAUGACAAACAUGAUGAUUAUUCUGAUAGUAAAAUCUGACCCUGUCCUGAGCACCCCAAUGUAUUUCUUCCUGAUGCACCUAGCCUGCUUAGAGGCUUGCUAUAUGUCAAUCAUCAUACCCAAGCUGUUGGAGAUUUUGUUAAUGAAGACUACCAUUAUUUCUUUCCAGGGAUGUGCCAUACAAAUGUUUCUUUUCCUGUUUUUUGGAGUUGCUGAAUGUUUUUUCCUAGCUGCCAUGGCCUUUGACAGGUAUGUUGCAAUAUGUCACCCGCUGCGCUACACGAUCAUCAUGAGCAAGAAUGUUUGUUGGACGAUGGUGACUGGCUCGUACACAUGUGGGACUAUUGUUGGGCUGGUCCACACCACUGUCACAUUCCGUAUGCCAUUUUGUGGCAUGACAGUCAAUCAUUUCUUCUGUGAGAUACAGCCCCUUUUGGAAUUGGUUUGUGGAAACACGUUCUUAAAUGAAGUCCAAGUAAUUGGAGUGGCCCUGAUGGCUAUCAUGCUACCAUUCCUACUGAUCAUCUUAUCUUACAUUGGCAUUAUCUUCACUAUCACAAAAAUGCCAACCUUGGAUAGAAGAUAUAAAGCCUUCUCCACAUGCUCCUCACAUCUAAUAGUUGUUGUUCUCUUCUAUGGCACAGCUAGUUCCAUGUAUUUGAAACCCAAAUCCAGCUACUCUCCACCAGUUGACAAGGUUCUAUCAUUUUCUUACACGGUUAUCACCCCUUUGUUAAAUCCAGUUAUCUAUAGUCUACGGAACAAAGAAAUCCAGGGAGCCCUGAGAACAUUGUGGAAAAAAAUGGCUUUGCAGAAACUGUAA